AUGCACAGUAGCUUGCUGCAUUUCCCGGUAAAUUGCUGCCGCAACAGCAACUUGGGGCCUCCGCCAUCUAGCCUUCUUGAGCCCUUCUGCCAUCCUAGCUGCGAGACCAUUGCCAAGAUCCGCGAGCGCACACGUCAGGCCAUGCUGCGGGUAGAGGUGGUGGACAAGCUCAAGGAGGCCAGGGCCCGGCAGAUAUCCAAACCCGUGGAACCAGGGGUCAGG